AAGGCCUUAGAGAAUAUUUUAGUAAAUAUGGUGACAUUACAGAGGUCAUGGUGAUGAAAGACCCCACAACAAGGAGGUCGAGGGGUUUCGGUUUCGUGACGUUUGCAGACCCUGACAGUGUAGAUAAAGUGCUAGCAAAUGGGCCUCACGAACUCGAUGGUAAAAAGGGUGAUGAUAGAAGACGACAUGCUCUACAAAACUCAAUCGUUUCUCGCCAAAUGAAUACCAUCCCAUCAACGUAAACAACGAAUGUGGCCAUAAAGACUUAGAAAAAGGAGACUCUAGGGAUCCAUGAAAUAUGUCUUCGCAUCCAGAAGGCACCUUUAAAUGCUUACUUGACCACCGUCCAUUGUAUUGGUCCCCUUUUAGUUUUUGAACCUCGAACAAAAAAUAGAA